ACUGUUUUACGUGAAAAAGAUGGCCGCCGACGUUACCUUCUUCGUCGGCGAAGAGUUCACCUCGUUCACCGAGCUGCACCGGCGCAUCCAGUCUUUCCAGCUGCGCAAUUCCGUGCAACUCUACAUUCGGAGCUCGCGCAAGAUACAAGCGGCUCAAGUGCGCUCCACGGACGGUUACAACCCGGAGCUGAAGUUUGCCGAAAUCUACUACGCCUGCGUCCGGGGCGGCCGCAAGUUUCAGACGCGUGCGAGCGGCAACAGCACCACGACCGCCCGACACUACAACAGAGCCGAGCAGUCCAGUUCACGUCAGAUCAAUUGCCCGUUUCACAUAAAGAUCCGCUGUACCAGGGAUGGCCAGAAGCUUUACAUCAAGGACUUCAACUCCUCUCAUAACCACGGGACGACUGAGGUACCUCAUAUCUCCUUGAUCAUGCAUCGCGCGCAUGCGUGAAUGAU